AUGGGAGCAGGAGGACAAAGACGAGGAACACAGUCCUGGUGGGUAGCCCUCAGUUUCUCUGUGAUGCUCUGCUGCGUGGAGCGGGUUUCUGCUCAGAUAAAAUAUACAAUUCAAGAGGAAGUAAAAAUAGAAUCUGUUGUUGGAAAUGUGGCCAAGGAUCUGGGCUUGGACAUCAGCUCGCUUGUGGAAAGGCAAUUUCGUAUUGUCUCUGGGACUGAGGAUGGUCAGUUUAAAGUAAAUCCGAACAAUGGCGUCUUGUAUGUGCAUAAAAACAUCGACAGAGAAGAGCUCUGUGAAAACAUCUCUCCAUGUAUAAAGAACUUAAAGAUGGUCGCUGAGAACCCCAUGGAGAUACAUUAUGUGGGAAUUGAAAUUAUAGAUGUAAAUGACAAUUCGCCCAAUUUUCAAGAGGAGGAGCACAUAAUCGAAAUCUCUGAGUCCACACUUCCAGGCAGACGCUUCCAGUUACCAACUGCGCGCGAUCCAGAUGUUGUCAUUAAUACAGUACGUGCGUACAAAAUUAACCAAAACGAAUAUUUUAGUGUACAGAUACGAGAGAGGGGAGAAGACAAGAUACCAUUUUUAGUUUUGCAAAAGUCUCUGGAUCGGGAAAAGCACCAGGAGCUCAGACUGACUCUGACAGCAGUUGACGGUGGAAAUCCACCAAGAUCAGGAACUCUUAAUGUCACAGUCAUAGUCCUCGAUUCAAAUGACAACCAUCCGACAUUUAGCCAGGAAGUAUAUUCAGUUACAAUACCUGAAAAUGUAGAAGCAGAUACCAGUGUGAUCACAGUAACGGCAACUGAUUUGGAUGAAGGUGCAAAUGGAGAGAUUGAGUAUUUUUUUGGUGGUCAACUUGACCGAAAGAUUUAUGACUUGUUUAGUUUAAAUAAAGAGACUGGUGAGAUUCGAGUAAAGGGAGAAAUUGACUUUGAGAAGGCUGAUGUUUAUAAAUUAGAUGUCCAAGCAACUGACAAAGGACAACCUCCCAUGAGUGCAGAUUGCAGGGUGAUCAUCAAAGUGCUCGACAAAAAUGAUAAUAAACCUGAAAUAGAGGUAACAUCUCUGUCGAAUACGGUAUCAGAAAAUUCAAAACCUGGAACCGUCGUUUCGUUAAUCAGCAUCACAGAUCAGGACGCCGGUCUAAACGGUAAAGUCAUCUGCAGUCUGUCAGAAAAUGUACCAUUUGAUUUAAAACCAUCAUUUCAAGAUAACAUGUAUUCCUUAGUUUUGAAACAACAUUUGGAUCGAGAAUCGGUUCCGCACUACGAUAUCACAAUAACAGCUACAGACUGUGGACAGCCUCCUCUGUCCACAUUCAAAACUCUGAGUAUUGAUGUAUCGGACGUGAAUGAUAAUAUGCCGGAAUUUCAGCAAAAUCCGAUUGAACUUUAUCUGGUAGAAAAUAACGUGCCUGGAAAUACAAUAUUUUCAGUUUCUGCUUCAGAUAAAGACUUGAAUGAAAACGCUGCUUUAACUUAUCAUAUAGUCCGAGAUGAAAGUAGUCAAAUGAAAAAUGCAGCAUUUUUAAAUAUCAAUUCAGACAACGGACACAUCACAGCGCUGAAAAGUUUUGAUUUUGAAACGCUGAAAACGUUCCAGUUCCAAGUGGUUGCCACAGAUUCUGGAGCUCCGUCACUCAGCAGCAACGUCACAGUCAACGUGUUCAUUCUGGAUCAGAACGACAACGCUCCAGUCAUCCUGUAUCCACUCAGCUCCAACGGCUCUGCUGAAGGUGUGGAGGAGAUUCCCCGCAAUGUCAACGCAGGACACUUGGUCACCAAAGUCAGAGCCUAUGACGCUGAUAUAGGAUAUAACGGAUGGUUGCUCUUCUCACUGCAGGAACUCACUGACCACAGUCUCUUUGGUCUGGACCGAUAUACAGGACAGAUCAGAACACUUCGCUCAUUCACAGAGACAGACGAGGCUGAGCACAAACUGGUCAUACUGGUCAAAGACAAUGGAAACGUUUCACUCUCAGCUACAGCUACUGUCAUUGUCAAACUUGUGGAGCCCAAAGAGGCUUUUGCAGCUUCUGAUGUCAAAAGUGCAGCAAAAGUUGAUGAUGAGGACAACGUGACUUUUUAUCUCAUGAUAACUUUGGGUUCAGUUUCUGUACUUUUUCUCAUCAGCAUCAUCGUGCUGAUUGCAAUGCAGUGCUCCAAAUCCACAGACUAUACUUCUAAAUAUCUACAAGAGACCAAUUAUGAUGGGACACUGUGUCACAGCAUCCAGUACAGAUCUGGAGACAAACGCUACAUGUUAGUUGGACCCAGAAUGAGUAUAGGAUCUACUAUAGUACCUGGAAGUCACGCAAAUACACUAGUGCUCCCUGACAGGAGGAGGACAUCUGAAGAGGUUUGA